GGUCCCGACCUCACUCCUCAGCAUGUUCGUGAACAAGGACAAGGGCGUCGCCAUCGCCCGAUGCUGUCGUCGCUCUUGUUCCUGGGCACCUGGCCGGUCGUGCUCACGCUGCUGGAGCGCCGAGGCCGGCUGCCGCAGCACAUGUACCUGGACUACUCCUUCACCAACCUCCUCGGCACCGUGCUCGUCGCGCUCAUCUUCGCCCAGCUUGGAGGCACCAAGCACAGCAUGCCUAACUUCUUCACGCAGUUCAGCCAGCAGGACAACUGGCCUUCUGUGUUGUUCGCGAUGGCAGGCAGUGUCGUGCACAGCGACGUCUGUUGAGAUGGUUGCUUGCAUAGGUAUAGAGGCAAUCUCGAGGUUGUUAUUCUUCAAUGUUUCAAAUAGUAUGACUUCUGAAGCUACACAGGCUCUAUGGAGACACACAUCUAUAAGUGAAUGGUGUUUCAUCAAUGAGGGUUCAAUCAAUUGAAGUAGCAGAGGUGACGGCUAGCGGUGGCAUCUUUGUGCAAUCUGAUGGAGAGCAUUUCGGCGUUCUGCGAGCCAAAUUUUCAGUUCUCCCUGGUGUAGUUGAUUUCUUCUGCUAGAUCACCACGCUCCCCUUCCUAUUCGACUGGAUGAAAGAUGGACACUUCUGGUUGAAAUGAUAUGGCAAUCGGGUAGCUGCAAUUCAUCUCUUGCUGUACAUGAGACAAUGAGACAAGUUCUACCGUGCUGUAGUACUCCACCAUCAAUGCAAUGCAUCUACUAAUAGAAUUGCAGCACAUGUACAUUAAUCUCUAACAGUUAGUAGACUAGCUGUAAACUGGCAGCAAUGUAAAGUUCAGAGUGA